AUGUGCGUGUCCAUGUGCAGGACGGGUGCCAAGGACCACACCCAUUCCGGCAAGAGCUCUGGUUCUCUGGGGAUGCGCCUGGUGCCUGUCCUGUAAGGGGCACAGUUGCCAUUAGGGAGAAAGCAGAGGAUAGAGUGUGAGGAAAGGACGUGAAAUUAGGAAAACAACAGGUGAUGCCGUUUAUGAUUAGAAAAACUAUGGCAGGUAGCUUAAUGGUUAAAAGCGUUGGGCCAGUAACUGAAAGUUUCGAAUCCCGAGCCAACUAGGUGAAAAAUAUGUCGAUGUGCCCUUCCUUGAGCAAGGCACUUAAACCUAAUUGCUCUAAAUGACAAAAAAAUUAAAAUAAAUGCUGUCUCAUAAUGAACAAAGUGACUUCUAUGAAGCCUAUGCAUUAUUUAUGGACAGAUGUCAAAAACUGGAUGUUAAUACAGACAUUAUAUUGCUUGACAAUGUUCAGUUUUCUACAUGAUGGAUUGUUUUUGUGUAGCAGGUGCAGGCUGCCAGUGCUGUAACUGUCCCAGGGUGUUGGUCAGCAGAGCUGCAGACUACUUCUCUGUCCGUCUGUCUGUCUGUCUGUCUGGGUGAGCAGGACAGGAGGAGCCAUGGCUAACAGGGGACCCAGCUACGGGCUGAGCAAGGAGGUGCAGGAGAAGAUAGAGCUGAAGUAUAAUCUGGACCUGGAGGCCCGGCUGCUGGACUGGAUCGUAGCUCAGUGUGGAGGGAACCUGGAGAGACCACAGCCAGGCAGACAGAACUUCCAAACCUGGCUAAUGGAUGGAACAGUGAGUCUGAAUGAGAAUGAACAAGCUCAAUAAGACUGGACCGCAGUCAGUGAUAGAGGACGAUCGCUUAUACAAGCUAACAAUGACACCAAUUUAUGCUCUCCUCUGCUUUUUCUUUGUCUCUCUCUCUCCCUCUUUUCAUUGACCAAUCUCUUCCUUUCUCCCUCUCUACUUCUCUUCUUUAUCCAUGUAUCUGUAUUCCUCUUCCUCCCUCUUCUUCCUCCUCCUCCCUGUAGAUUCUGUGUAGGCUCAUCAAUAGCCUGUACCCGCGUGGUAAGGAGCCCAUCAAGAAGAUUCCGGAGACCCAGAUGGCCUUUAAGCAGAUGGAGAAGAUCUCCCAGUUCCUGCAGGCUGCAGAGGUCUACGGAGUCAUCACCACAGACAUCUUCCAGACCGUGGACCUGUGGGAAGGUGAGCUGCACGUUCACUGACUCAUAUCAUGUCUCCAUACAUCCAUGUGACAUUGACAUGCUUGUCCAAUGACGGGGAGUCUCACAGUCUUGUCUCUGCUGAGCUCUGUCUGCCUGUACGGUACCUUCAAUACUCACAUUACAUUUACAAGAUCCUUUAUAGUCUGAGUACCAGUCUGUUUCUGCUAACAUUCCACUCAUUGUACUCCGUGUCAUAUGACACAGAGUGGCAAGGAGUGGAAUGAUAGCUAAACAGACUGGUACCCAGGCUAUUUAUAGUCCACUAUAUAGGUCAUACUCCAUGGAGACAUUUAAAAUAUUUUUUUGGGGACAAAUGACUCAAGAGGUAGCUGUGUCUAAGUUUGUUUAAUUUGGAACCUGUUUGCCUAUUUGAUGCCCAGCCUGUUCUUUGCUGUCUGGGUGUGGUCCAGUGUUUGUGAGGACUGUUGCUAUGGUUACAGGGAAGGACAUGGCUGCGGUGCAGAGAACCCUGAUGGCCCUAGGUAGUGUUGCCCUCACCAAGGACGACGGACAUUACCGUGGCGACCGCGACUGGUUCCACAGGUAAUGGACUGGCCACGACCCCUUACUUGGAAAACUCUGUGGCAGUGUUAUCUGAAUGUUUUGUGAGUGUUGUUCUACGUCUCAACUGUCCUGUCUGUCCUGGUCUGUGUAGGAAAGCCCAGGGUUACCGGCGGGAGUUCUCUGAGGACCAGCUUCGUCAAGGCCAGAGUCUGAUUGGUCUUCAGAUGGGCAGCAACCGCGGGGCCUCUCAGUCCGGCAUGACGGGCUACGGAUCACACCGCCAGAUCAUGUAGAGAUACCAGCGUGCCACUCAGCCAGCUGCCAGCCGUUCCCUCAGCAUGGCUGUGUACUCCAGAAAAAAGCUCCAUCACGCCCCUGGAACCUCAUGAUAUGACCCAACCAAUUUCCCCCCUUCCCCAGAAGCACCAGCAAAUCACACACGCACACACAUACACACACACUUUUACUGUUUAUCCUCAACCCAAACGGAGUGCUCCUUAUACCCCAACCACACCAUG